AUGGAGAAUGUCGAUGUUGGUAUCCUUGGUAUGUGGCUGUCUGUCACAGCCAGGAGGAAACUGUUGUUCCAGAAGAGGCUGGAAGCGGCGAGACGAAAUACCGAGGAAAAGUACAGGAGAGUUUGGGAAAUCCUCCAGAACUCCGACGAUGAAACGAGUCUGUUUGCACGGCGACACAUGAGGAUCUUUCACUCUUUGCAAAGCUGCCGUCGUAGACCAUCUGUUUGGAAGUUUAACCGAGCUACUGAGUGGUGGGACGUCAUUGUUCCCAGCUUCACUUCCCUUCAGUGGCUGCAGAAUUUCAGGAUGUCUGAGGAGACAUUUAUCUACCUCUGCGACAAAACGCGCCCAGUGAUGGGGAGACAGGACACGACAUUCUGUGAGUGUGUACCUCUGAAGAAGAGAGUGGCCAUCGCACUGUGGAAGCUUGCAACCGGCUCUGAAUACAGAACUGUCGGCCAUCUUUUCGGUGUGAGCAGAACCACUGUGUGCCGGUGUGUACAAGAGUUCUGUGCUGAGCUGUUGUUGGUACCAGACCAAAUUUGUUUUCCAGACCUAGAGAAGUUUGCAGAAAUGGCUGCCUACAGCGAGAACCGGUGGGGGAUCCUGCAAUGUAUUGGUGCUAUUGAUGGAUCACACAUACCCAUCUUGGCACCACAGGAGUACCACUGUGAUUAUUUCAACCAUAAAGGCUGGCACUCCAUCAUCCUUCAAGGUGUUGUAGAUGGAAAGGGACUCUUCUGGAAUGUGUUUGCAGGACUUCCUGGGAGCUUGCAUGAUGCCCGGGUCUUGAGACUAUCCACUUUGUGGGAGUUGGCCAGCCGUAGCAACCUCUUUCCAGUACACACAAAGAAUAUUGGUGGGGUGAAUGUCGGCUACUUCAUCCUGGGAGACUCUGCCUACCCCUUGCAGAACUGGCUCUUAAAACCAUUCCCUGACACUGGACGAUUGACACCAGAACAGCAGAUCUACAACAAGAAAAUCUGGAGAGCAUGGGUAGUGGUUGAAAAUGUCGUUGGUAGACUGAAGGGAGGGUGGCGUUGUCUCAUGAAAAGAAAUGACUGUGAUGUCAAACUCGUAAAAUCUAUGACGCUGACCUGUUGCGCCCUGCAUAACCUCUGCGAGAAUCAUGGAGAGACAUACGACAUCGACUGGAAUGCCCCCGUAACAGCAGCAGAGCCUGUUGUUGCAGUCACAGGGCAUAGAGGAGGAGGGCAGGGAUGUCCGAGAGGGUCUUAUGCGCUACUUGAGCAGCUAAAUUACUACAUGACAUGUUAA